GUAAUCAUAACACCAGGUGCCCAGCGCCUUGGCAGAGAAGGAGGGCACCAGAGUAGCGGGUGCAGGGAACAGAGGGAUGCUGUGUUUUUGGCUUAGUGGAGAGUCUGUGGAGGGGCCUGGAGCCAGAAAAGGAGAUUGCAGAAGACACAGAUGGCCAAGUCUAUACCAGUUCACAAGCCACCCAGGAGUUUCCCUCUCCAGUGUCAGUGGAAGCUGAUGGAGAAUCGAGGUCUGGACCCAGGGACUCGGGACUCCUAUGGUGCCACCAGCCACCUCCCCAACAAGGGGGCCCUGGCAAAAGCCAAGAACAACUUCAAAGACCUGAUGUCCAAGCUGACAGAGGGCCAGUAUGUGCUGUGCCGGUGGACAGAUGGACUGUAUUAUCUCGGGAAGAUCAAGAGGGUCAGCAGUUCUAAGCAGAGCUGCCUUGUAACUUUUGAAGAUAACUCCAAAUACUGGGUCUUGUGGAAGGACAUACAGCAUGCUGGUGUUCCAGGAGAGGAACCCAAGUGUAACAUCUGCCUGGGGAAGACAUCAGGACCACUGAAUGAGAUCCUCAUCUGUGGGAAGUGUGGCCUGGGUUACCACCAGCAGUGCCACAUCCCCAUAGCGGGCAGUGCCGACCGGCCCCUGCUCACACCUUGGUUCUGCCGACGCUGCAUCUUUGCGCUGGCUGUGCGGAAAGGCGGCGCGCUGAAGAAGGGCGCCAUCGCCAGGACCCUGCAGGCUGUGAAGAUGGUGCUGUCCUACCAGCCCGAGGAACUGGAGUGGGACUCGCCCCACCGCACCAACCAGCAGCAAUGCUACUGCUACUGCGGCGGGCCGGGAGAAUGGUACCUGCGGAUGCUGCAGUGUUACCGGUGCAGGCAGUGGUUCCACGAGGCCUGCACCCAGUGUCUCAAUGAGCCCAUGAUGUUCGGAGACCGGUUCUACCUGUUUUUCUGCUCCGUGUGCAACCAGGGCCCAGAGUACAUCGAGAGGUUGCCCCUGCGAUGGGUCGAUGUGGUUCACCUGGCCCUCUACAACCUGGGGGUGCAGAGCAAGAAGAAGUACUUUGACUUUGAGGAGAUUCUGGCCUUUGUCAACCACCACUGGGAGCUCCUGCAGCUUGGCAAGCUCACCAGCACCCCCGUGACGGACCGAGGACCGCAUCUCCUCAAUGCUCUGAACAGUUACAAAAGCCGGUUCCUCUGUGGCAAGGAGAUCAAGAAGAAGAAGUGCAUCUUCCGCCUGCGCAUCCGCGUCCCGCCCAACCCCCCCGGGAAGCUGCUGCCCGACAAGGGCCUGGUGCCCACUGAGAACGGCGCCUCUGAGCUGCGUAAGAGAGGAAAGAGCAAGCCUGGUUUGUUGCCUCAUGAUUUCCAGCAGCAGAAAAGGCGAGUUUAUAGAAGAAAAAGAUCAAAGUUUUUGCUGGAAGAUGCUAUCCCCAGUAGUGACUUUACCUCGGCCUGGAGCACCAACCACCACCUAGCCAGCAUAUUUGACUUCACGCUGGAUGAGAUACAGAGUUUAAAAAGCGCCAGCUCAGGCCAGACCUUCUUCUCUGACGUGGACUCCACUGAUGCUGCCAGCACCUCUGGCUCCGCCUCCACCAGCCUUUCCUACGACUCCAGACGGACAGUGGGCAGCCGCAAGAGGAAGCUGGCAGCCAAAGCGUACAUGCCACUGCGGGCAAAGCGACGGGCGGCCGAGCUGGGUGGACGCUGCCCCUCCGACAGCAGCGCAGAGGGGGCCUCAGGCCCUGAGCGGCCCGACGAGGGCAUCGACAGCCACACGUUCGAGAGCAUCAGUGAAGAUGACUCGUCCUUGUCCCACCUCAAGUCAUCCAUCACCAACUAUUUUGGCGCAGCCGGGCGGUUAGCCUGUGGGGAGAAGUACCAAGUGCUGGCUCGGAGGGUCACGCCUGAGGGCAAGGUUCAGUACCUGGUGGAGUGGGAAGGGACUACCCCUUACUGACCAGCCCCUAAAGGAUGCCAGCAGUCCUGGAAACCAAAGGAGAGACAGCGGAAGCCACAGGCUCCCCAGUUCUCUCCAGGCUGGGGUGGGGGAGGGAAGCAAGACGGAGCUGCAAGUGCCUGGCCAGAGCCCUGCCUGCCCGCCUGCCUGCCAGGGCUGUGCCUCCGCUGUGCCUGUUCUGCUCUCCGGCCCCCUCAGGCUCACCACCUCUUUGCCUGUGUCUCUGAGGUCCCGCUGGCUACUUCUCAGUGUCUCCACACACUCCCUCAAAACUGUUUACCUGUUCCUCUGAAUUAGUGUCCUGCUGGCUCUGUGGGCUGUUCCUGAGGCCCGAGUCUUUGUCCCCAGUGCGUCCCUUUACCUUUCCUUCCCCUUUUGGGUGUGUGUGUUUACACACCCAACCCUCCACUGGACAUCCUUACACCUGACCCAUCCCAGGGACCACAUCAUGAGAACAAAAACCUUUGAGAAAGACUGGGUGAAGGUGGGUAAGAGGAUGCCUUGAGGAGCCUUUCCCUCUCACUUUCCUGCCUCUCCUUCUGCCCUUGGGAAGAGGUGGUGAGGGUGGGAGAGAGAAUGCCUCUGGAAAGCCUGUGUGGCAGAGGCCCUGGGACCCUCAGGAUCUGAGGCGUGAGGAGACUCGGCCUCUGCUUCCGAAGGCACCAGCACCAGAGCCCAGUUAUUAAGGCCGAGUGCAGGCUGCAGGCGUCAGCUUGAGACCCGUGUUCCCUUCCCUGGCCAUAUCCCUCUCUGUUACCAUGGAGCUGGGCCUGGCCUCGCAAACCUGAGGCUGGAGGAAAGGAAGCUGUGUCCUGCUACACCUCAGACUGUCUCCUCUGCCUCCCACCCCCAGACUCACCCCCCCACACAGAAGCUUCCAUCUGCAUGUGUGCUUUCAUCUCCAGGCACACACACGGGCCCCGGCCUCCAGGUGUACACACACACAGACACACACACACACAGCCACACAUUCCUUAGGGUGCCAGCGUGGCUCCUGCCCUUGGCUUUUCCUUGGGCCUCUUCUGGGGGCCACGUGCUGCAACUCAAUGUGAACAUCCAGCACCUGCCCGUGAACCAGCUGCGACCCUAGAGGGAGGCAUGGGGGAAUCAUACCCUCUUCCUUAUCCCCUGCCCCGUUCUGAAAUUGACAAUCACUUUUGGGGCAGGUUGGGAUUUUUUUAAAGGGCCUGAGUCAUUAAGUCCCCUCAAAGGGAAGCCUUUGUCAGUGGGAAUAUACAUAGAGUUCUUAGAACCAACAUUAAAACUCAGACCCACCUGGAGGGAGACCAAAAAUGGGAGGGGGAGGAGACCCCUCAUUUUUGCUGCUUCCAGAGGUAUUAGAAACUGACUCACUUGAUUGGAAAGAAGUGCCUUGACUGGGGUGAGGGGUGUUACCUGAGGGGGUCCAUCCUUGCCAACUGCUGCUGUGGCCUCCAGCUCGGCUGGGUUUUGGAGGCUGCCGGCUGCAAGGUGAAGGGGGGUGAACAAUGAGCUGAGAGCAGCAGGCCUGGAGCUGGUUUUUCCAUUAGGCUGACCCCUCCCCAUCUGUGGGCAUUCAGGGGGGUCCCUGAGAGAGUUCAGAUGCCCCUUGCCUCAAACCUCAGCCCCAACAGUGCCUUUCAACUGGGACCUCACCUCCUGUACACAGCCCACCCACUUCCUUCUGCUUCCCAGCAUGGUCCAGGCAGGAACAAGCUGGUUGGGCCCAGUUCUCUCCCUUCUCAGCUCCACAGCUGCUGCCACUGAAGCCCGCAACUGGGGCCAGGUGGAAGGGGAGCUGAGAAGGCAGCCCCCAACCGCCUGAAGUAUGGGGCCAGGCCUAACCGGGUGCCUCCUGCCUGGCUCCAGAGAACACAGCAGCCUCCCAGGCCUGCCUUCCAGGCUUCUGAGAAAGUGCAGGAUGAACACAGCCUGUCAGUGUACCUGCACCUCCUCUACUCAAGCUCCAGAGGCUCUGGCCUUGAAGAGGAGGACAGGGCGGGGGAGACAGUGUCUUCCUCACCUGGAGGUCAGUGUAAGGCCUGGCAAGGUCACACUGACUCCACACCCCAGCAUUUCAUUCACACCUGAAAAUAGCUGCAUUACUGCCAACUGACCUUAUCAUAACCCUGUGCACCUUCGAAAAGAUUUAUGGUUUUGAAUUGCUGCUUUUAAUAACAUUUGUUAUAUUAAAAUUA